AUGUCCUCCGAUAAUCACGCCCUUGCGUUAGCUACCGGCCAUAGUGCUACAGCUGUUCCUAAUGCUACUGCUAAUACUAUUAAUGCUACUAGUACUUCUACUACUACUACAACUACUACUGACGGGUUCUACUAUGCCCCAUCAGAGCUUUUAGCUGGUGGUGCUGCUGGAUUCGUCGAGCACUUUGCAACGUUUCCAUUUGACACUAUCAAGACACGUAUACAAAGCGAACAUUCCGUUGGUAUAUCGUCUGCAGUACGACACAUGUGGUGUAAUGAGCGCCUCACACACCUCUACCGCGGUUUCGCUCCUGUUAUCUUCUCUGCAGUUCCUUCACAUGGUGCCCAUUUUGGAACUUAUGAAGCGGCUAAACGUGUUUUUGGAGAGGACACAAAUUUGGGGAUUAUGGUAUCAGCGAGUUGUGCGGUUGCUGCGCACGACACCAUCUCUACUCCAUUUGAUGUUAUUAAACAACGAAUGCAAAUGGAUGGUAUGAGAAGAUUCAGUUCAUCUCUACAGUGUGCAACGAAUAUUAUUUCGACGGAAGGUACACGUGCUCUCUUUGUUUCUCUACCUACAACUAUUAUAAUGAAUGUCCCACAUUAUGCCAUUUAUUGGAUGGUGUAUGAAGGAUUUCUUUCUUACUUGGGUGGAGACCGUCGUGAUAGAAGCAGUGAACUCGCCAAGGAUUAUGUUUUUGCUGGUCUCUUAGCAGGUGCAAUGGCCUCUUUUGUUUCUUCACCCUUUGAUGUUGCCAAGACACAAUUACAACUUGGUCGUGAAACGGAUUUAUUGAGUGUAUUUCAAAAUAUUAUGCGAAGACGAGGUGUUCGUGGGUUCUUUGCAGGUGUUUCAGCAAGAAUAUUGGCUACAGCUCCAUCUGGAGCAUUGACUAUGUUUACCUACGAAACGGUAAAAAAAUAUUUGGAGCGCUAUUAA